UGUCCCCGCCCGCAGGUGAAGCUGGUGUUCGUGGAGGACCAGGCGGUGGUGGAGACGGUGUUCUUCCUGACGUCGCGCACCAGGGCGCUGCUGCGGCGCUUCCCGCGCAUGCUGCUGGUGGACCGGCUGCCGGGGCUGCAGGGCGCGCUGGAUCUGCUGGCCGUGCUGUGCGUGGACGGCGCGGGCCGUGCGCGCCAGGCUGCCUGUUGCGUGGCGCGCCCGGGCACGCCGAGCCUGCUGCGUUUCGCGCUCGCGUCGCUGCUGCAGAGUGCGCCAGACGUCAAAGGCCGCGUGCGCUGCCUCACCGCCGGGCCGGAGGUGGCGGCACAGCUGCCUGCCGUGCGCCAGCUGCUGCCCUGCGCGCGCGUGCAGAUCUGCCGCGCUCAGGGCCUGGAGACGCUCUUCAGCAAGGCGCAGGAGCUGGGCGGCGCUGGCCGCGAGGACCCGGGCCUGUGGUCGCGCCUGUGCCGCCUGGCCGGCGCGUCGUCGCCCGCCGCCUACGACGAGGCGCUGGCCGAGCUGCACACCCACGGCCCGGCCGCCUUCGUCGACUACUUCGAGCGCAACUGGGAGCCCCGACGCGAUAUGUGGGUCCGCUUCCGCGCCUUCGAGGCGGCCCGGGACCUGGACGCGUGCGCCCUGGUGCGAGGCCACCGCCGGCGACUGCUGCGCCGUCUCAGCCCCUCGCGUGGCGUGGCUCAGUGCCUUCGGGACCUGGUGGCCAUGCAGUGGGCGGACGCGGCCGGGGAGGCGGCGCCCGAGGGCCCCGAUGGCGGGGGGCUGUGGCUGGAGGGUGAGCCGGGGAAGGGGGCCCAGGUGGAGAACGAGAGGGUGAGGGGCCUGGAGACAGGCGACUGGGGAGGGGUCCUGGAAGAAGGAAGUAUUUGGAGGGGGGCCCAGAUGGAGAAGGAGUGGGCCAGAGGACUGGAAACCAGAGACUGGGGCGGGGCUCCGUUAGAAGGUGACAAGGGGAGGGCGCUGCAGAUCAGAGACUGGAGAGGGGGCCAGUUGGAGAAUCAGAAGCCGAGGGGACUGGAAGGGAUUGUCUGGAGAGGGUCCCAGUCGGAGAAAGGGCACCUGAGAGGGCCAGAGAUUAAAGACUGGAGGGGGCCCCAGCUGGAGGGUGAGAAAGAUUGGAGACUGGAAGAUUAUGUCUGGAGGGGGACCCAGUUGGAGGACCAGGCACUAAGAGGAUUGGAAAGGUAUCCGUGGAGGGGGGCCCAGUUGGAGGAUCGCAGGAGUAGGGUGCUGGAGACCACCAACCAGAGGGGAACCCAGUUUAACUAUGAGAGGGCCAGGAGUCUUGAAGGAAGCCCCUGGAGGGGGGCACAGCUGCACGAUGAUAGGGCGGGGGGGCUGAGAACUGGAGAAUGGAAGGGGCCACAGUUGGAUGUAGAGAAGGGGAGGGAGUGGGAGGUCAGAAACUUGAGGGGGAUCCCUUUGGAGAAGUCCCUGGAGUUGGCCCCUGAGAACGGAAACCAAAGGGGCCCCCGGUGUGAAGAUGAGAGGAGAGGGCCAGAGAUGGCAGAAGAGAGGGGAGUGAGGGUGGGGGCCAAAAGAAGAAGGGGCCUGGAGAAGGUCUUUCUGGUCCAGCUGGGGGACACGAGGGUCACGGGCAUGGAGAAUGGAGAUGGAGGGGGAGCCUGGUCCCUGGGCCCCAAGAGCUGAGCUGGACGAGGGAUGAAGUGGGGAAACACAGGAGGGUGGUGUCCCGCUGGGAAUGGAGUCGUAUGUGGUAUCCCCGGGCUAGAUGGAUAGAGGAGCCACAGUGAAUUCAUCUCCACAGCAACUCAAGCUUCAUCCUCCAUCAUCUGUACCAGGGCCUCCCAGUGGCAACUUCUUGACAUGAGUCAAUUCUGCCUUCAAAUGACUGACUCAUGCCAAAUGUCCUGGCCACAGAAUGGGCAUGGGACCCAGUCCUGGCCAACGAGUCUGCUCAGGUUGAGGUGGGAGGCUUCUUUUUCUAUUUUUGUAGAGACAGGAUCUUGCUAUGUUGCUCAGGCUGGCCUUGAACUUCUUGACUCAAGCGAUCCUCCUGCCACAGCCUCCCAAAGUGCUGGGAUUACAGCUGUGAGCCACUGUGCUCAGCCUAGGAGGCUUUUUUUCCCCCUAUUUCUUUCUUUUUUGAGAUAAGAGUCUCGCUCUGUCACCAGGCUGGAAUGCAGUGGCAUGAUCUCGGCUCACUGCUACCUCCAACCUCCCAGGUUCAAGUGAUUCUCAUGCCUCAGCUGCCCAGGUAGCUGGGAUUACAGCUGUGUGCCACCACCUCUGGCUAAUUUUCGUGUUUUCAGUAGAGUUGGGGUUUCACCAUGUUGGCCAGGCUGGUCUCGAACUCCGGACCUCAGGUGAUCUGCUCGCCUCCCUGGGAUGACUGGCAUGAGCCACCAUGCCUGGCCUAGGAGGCUUCUAAUAAAGGUUCUCUCGUUCCUAAGAAGACAUAGCAUGACAUGAUCAGGCCUAGACCUGCUGCUGACGACUUUGGCAUGGUGUGAUAAUGAAGUCCACACUGAGGAUGACAGAGCUGAGAUGAAGACAAUCUGGAUCUUCCCAUGCCUAAGGUGAGUCUCUGGGGUCUGCUCUACCAUGGGGUUUCUUCAGAGAAAUAUAUAUGUAUAUAUUUUUUAGAGACAGGGUCUCACUCUGGCGAAGAAAGGAAUGAAUGAAAGAAAGAAGGAAAGAAAAGAAAAACAGAAGAAAGAAAAGAGAGAAGAAAGAGAAAGAAAAAGAAAGGACGGAAGGAAGAAGUAAAGAAA